AUGAGACACAGAUGGAAACUAGACACAAAUGAGACACAGAGCUUCAGAAAAAUUUUCUUGAGAGCUGUAAAUGUUUCGAAUGAAUCAAGUGAAGAAUAUGUCGACGUUCAAUACACAGCAUUGAAGCGACCGGAAGGGUGCCACCAAGAGGCACUGAGGCUAGUUGAAGUGGAACUGAGGCCAGCUGAGGUAGAACUGAGGCCAGCUGAGGUGGAAUUGAAGCCAGCUGAGGUGGAACUGAGGCCACCUGAAGUGGAACUGAGGCCAGCUGAAGUGGAACUGAGGCCAGCUGAAGUGGAACUGAGGCCAGCUGAAGUGGAACUGAGGCCAGCUGAAGUGGAACUGAGGCCAGCUGAAGUGGAACUGAGGCCAGCUGAAGUGGAACUGAGGCCAGCUGAAGUGGAACUGAGGCCAGCUGAAGUGGAACUGAGGCCAGCUGAAGUGGAACUGAGGCCAGCUGAGGUGGAACUGAGGCCAGCUGAGGUGGAACUGAGGCCAGCUGAAGUGGAACUGAGGCCAGCUGAAGUAGAACUGAGGCCAGCUGAGGCGGAAUUUGUACCACUUGACAAUACAAACUCUUAA